UCGAUUAUUCGUCUGUGGUUUUAAAUUGUCGUCAGUUCCGUGUCAAACAAAAUAUUUUUGUUUUGUUCAUCGAAAUUAACAUUUUUAGAGGAAAAUGUAUAAUAAUUACGUUAAAAUACACUUAUUUUAAAGGCAAAGUAAAUGAGAUAAAUGUAUAUGCACAGAUUAAUUGUCAUGUUUUGGAAGCAUAAUCCUUGUAGUAGUUGGUGGUAGUCAUGUCAGAUUGUGCGCUGGUAACCAGUGUAAGCGAACACGAUGCUAGCAUGGACGUGGGAAACGAGAAAUCCCUAUUCGAACCUCCUGCUAGUAUGAUGGUAAAUGAUUACGAGGACGACGAGAGAACAUUAGACGAGGAAGAAGCUUUGGCGGCAGGUGAGCACCAGGACCCCAAGGCAGAACUGAACAGUUUGCAGCGAGAAGGUGAUAUGCCUUUAGAGGAACUACUCGCUAUGUACGGUUACAAUAGAAGCAUGGAUAAACCAAUCCCUGAACAACCACCGGAGGUGGUGCCCGAGGAGAGUGAGAAAACAGAGUCUGCUUUACAGCAGUUAUAUAGCGAGACUGCGAGCCCCGAAGCCACACGGUGCUUGCGGUCUGGUUCCAGACCACCCUCUGAAGAAGAAGAUGACUAUGAUUACAGUCCAGAUGAGGAUGACUGGAAAAAGACUAUUAUGGUAGGUAGUGAUUACCAAGCAGGUAUACCUGAGGGCUUAUGUAGUUACGACGAUGCUCUGCCAUAUGAGAACGAAGAUAAGUUACUGUGGAACCCGAGUGUUCUAGAUGAAAAGGUUAUUGAGGAUUACAUGAGAAAAAUUAGUGCUAUGAAUUCAACUUCAGGUAUCGAUGCAGUACCAAAGGGCAAGCAACUGCGAGAUGAUGAGGAAGCACUGUUCCUUUUGCAACAAUGUGGCCACAAUAUAGAGGAGGCCUUGAGAAGACGGAGAAUUUCUGCCCAGACGCCGGCACAUGCAAGUGUUUGGUCAGAGGAAGAGUGCAGAAACUUUGAAAAUGGAAUUAAAGUACACGGUAAAGAUUUCCACCUCAUUCGCCAACAGAAGGUACGGACGAGGUCCGUUGGUGAGCUAGUACAAUUUUAUUAUAUUUGGAAGAAAACAGAGAGACAUGAUAUAUUUGCAAACAAGACUCGAUUAGAAAAGAAAAAGUAUACAUUGCACCCAGGUCACACCGACUAUAUGGACAGAUUCUUGGAGGAGCAAGAGGCAACAGGUCCCAGUGUAGUGAGACCUGUUUCACCUUCACAAAUGAUGGUGUAUGUGCCUUCACCAGCUACACAACCUGAUCCCUUAGCCUUAGGUGAGAAAGAGGUUUUUUCACAAAUGAACACUCACACCACACCUCCCAGAACACUAUCGGCUGAUGACCCAGAGCCCGACUUGGUUUCCUAAUACAUGUAUUUUUGGCUAUGCCAUAAUAUUAUAUUGUGUAGUAUGCACUGUUUAUGAUGUUUAUCAUUAUGGAGAACUGCUGAUCCCUUAUUCAUAAUCUCUAUACUUAUCACAAGGCUAUUUAUAUAAUGUUUUUUGUUUUUGUAUACAGACAGUACAAUGUAAAUACUAAAUAAUAUUUUAUUACAUAGUAUUUUAUGAAUAAGGGAAAAGAAAUUGAAUGUUUUGCAUAUUGUAACAUUGGAAAUGUUACUACAUAAAUCAACAAAUCAUUGCUUACAUUCUAAAACCAUGUAAGUCAAAAUAUGCAAUUUUACAGAAGAGUGACAAAACUUGCCGUUUGCAGAGGUUUGGGUUGCUUGAUGGAUACAGUGUGCAGUUACUUUUUAUGAGGUGUUAUUGUUUCUGACUGGCCAAAAUGUUUGUGCUUAUAGAUUUUUUAGUGAAUGACUUUGAAUUGUUAAAACCGUCAGUAAUGAUUUACCUGGUGUAAGAAUUUAGUGAUAAAAUUAUUUAGGCACAUGCCUAAAAUAUCUAUUUCAUAAACUGCUACUGAAAUCAAGCUUAUAACCACUAUUUAUUAAAUAAAACAAUAUGUUAUAUAUAUUGUUUUAGGUGUAACAAAUAAGUACUUAGUGUUAUCAAUUUUUAUGAUACAUGAAUUAAUGAAAUCAUGGUUUUAGGAAAUGUUUCAUAUUUUUAAAUUGUUUUAUUUUUAUGUGAGAACUGCAAAAUAAGAGCGCUAACACACUUGGACGCCAUGGCGACGCCGACAUCGCUAACAACGUAUCUACACAAUGCUUAUUGAAAUGUAUGGUCUGGUGACGUCGCCAAUUUGCAAGCAUAGCUACGAUCGAUCGGCCCCUACAUUGACACUGUAAACUCUGGUGACGCAGGGCCAAAUUGCCAGUAUUUUGUAUAUGCCUUCCUCACUCAGUGGCCAACUGAUCGUCAGGACGGAUGCCCGCGUGUUUGUGUUCACUACUUUGCUGUUGUUGGUUACUUGGUAGGUACUUGGCAACCUCAUUUUACCUACGAACAUGGCUAUGGUGUCCCAAUGUGGUAGGGCUCUAAAUUAAAACUUGACUCCAGUGGCAUUAUUAUAGUGUGUACUGUGUAAAUAUAUUUUUCUAAAUAUCCAGGAAUGAAACUAAUUUUAUAAUUCUUUGCAGUAUUUUAUUUUAUAAAUUAUCAAAAAUAUGGGUAAUGCAAAUAUAAAUAAACAUAAUUCAAUGAAAUCUGAGAUUGUGUUUUCUAAUAAUUUUUUAUUUUAUUUUACUGUAGCUGUAGCUGUAGGUAUAAUUAAUUCAUGAGAUAAUGUCUCAAAUUAUUUAUUUCACAUUAUUUUAAUAAAAUAAUACAAAAUGAUUUACUUACUUUGAAUAGUUUUAAUAAAUUUUUCCAUGAUUUUCAUUAUUUGGCUUUCCUAAAUUGGUUUCAAUUGUAUUGAUGGUUUCACUAUUGAUAAUAAUUACUAUAAUUUAUAGUGCAUACCUACCUACUAUAAUCCUGUCAUUUCCAUUACUUUCUUCAGGUCAUGGGCCUGUGCAGAUGAGGAACUAUUUUUCUACACAGGACUGAAAUUGGUCAUUAAAAAAAUUGCAUUGCAUAAGGCAUGAUAGAUUAAUUUUGGCAAAAAAUUAUAACAAAAUGCUGUGAAUUUUGUCCUCCGUGGAUAGUUCCUCGUCUGGGCAGACCUUAAAGGUACAAAUUCAUUAGAUUAUAUUUUUAUGGUUUAUUGUAGAUGUUAGGUAUGUAUGUAUUUCAAUUUAUAUGUGUGCCUAGAUCAAAUAGAACUGCAAAUGCUACAAAGUAGUUUCUCUUGGAUAAGUAAUAACAACCUUAUCCAAUUCAAAUAGAGUUGUAAUAAUUACACAGAUAGCAGCGCCAGCAUGCUUCUUUUGUUCUGGUAGCUCUAUUCUCUAGAUAAAUAAGGUCGAUAUUUGAUUUGCAGUGUUUACAGUUCUAUCUGCACUGAUGUUUAUAAUUUCCAAUGGGAUAAUUUUUUUUUAAUAUUUCUUAAUUGAAUAAGUAAUUACAUCUCAUAAGUUUUGAAUUUUGUUCAUCUUGUACUUGUUUGGUAUGUACUUCAUAAUAUUUUAUUAUUUACCUACCUUGUUACUUAUUCAUUUACUUAUUAUUUAAUUUUAAUAUUUUUAUUCUUCUAUUCAUAGUAUACUAAAAAUAUUUGUUGUAACAGUGUAAACCUUUAAUAAUUCCCACUUCAAUCUGAAAAGUCAUAGAUUAGGACCAAAAAAAAACUAAUUCUUACUGGUAUUUAAGGGGCAUGAGACGGACCUGCCCGCAAAAUUCAAAUUUAAUUUGGUAAAUUGAAAUUUGCUGUAGUAUCGACAAAUUCUGACACAUUAGUCGAUACUAGAGCUAAUUUCUUAAACUGGACCCUUUCAAGUAAAUAUUUUUAUAUAAACCUGUGAGGACGAUACUGCCAUUG